ACCGUACAUGCAUAGCAAUCAAGUCCGAGAAGGGGUCUUUUCAGGUGCACAAAUUUUGUGGAUUAAUGGAGAUUCGAACUGGUAGCUUUCGGAAGAAUGACAGAGUGGAGAUUCCCUUUUCGGGAUUCGAGACCAGCGAGCGGACAUAUCGACUUAGCAGAUUUUGGCACACCUCUUGGUCCCCUGUUAGUCCCACCCAGGCCCGAACUCCCAUUCACCCUCGUCCUCUGAAGCAAACGCGCACCUCCCCCCGCUCGACCAUCUCGUCGCCAACCCCACUAAUUUUCUCAUUCUUCGCUUCAUUUCACCAACGACCAGUAUCCCUCUGCAGAAGACAUCACCAGCAGCGCCCAGGGUCGUUCUCAAAUCACUUACACUUCAUUUGUCGACUUCUCUUGCAGUGUCUGCGUCACCAAACGCGCAAAGCUCUACGCAACAAGCUGCGUUUGCAAAAUCCCUUCGCUCCAAAGUGCAAGCAGAAAGGCUGUGCCUGCUGUUUGGUACCGUGAAAGAAAGGGGACGGUUGCGAGGCAUCGAGGCCUUCUUAUUCUAUCAGUCGCGUGCCCCGCCUAUAUUCCCCCCCCUAUUUUUUUCUUUUCUUGCAACGACCCUUCCUCCUCUCGGGAAAGUCCGUCUAGCUAGAAGAAUAGGAGGGAGAAACGCCAGACACCCGAUUAUCCUGCCCUGCCUCGGAGUGGUUGCAGCCCCGGCACCAUGUCCUCCUUCCUCACACCCACGAAGAAGUCCCAGAAGCCGACGACGGGCAAGUCGAAGCCAUUCCAACCUCCGAACCGCAUUCGAGCUAUUCGCGAACAAGCCGAACGCCAGCAGGCAAACGCCGCCGCCGCCGCCGCCGCCGCCAACGCUUCCGCCCAAGCACACCUGAACCGCUCUAGAGCCCCGGCGGUCGCCAUCUCGAACCGUCCGCAAUGCCCGAACAAAACCUGCGUCAAGCCUAAUGUCGUCGACGGCGUGUGCCAGACCUGUGGCCGAGUCGCCGACGACAGCAACAUUGUUGCAGAGGUGCAGUUUGGUGAAACCUCUUCUGGUGCCGCCAUGGUACAGGGAAGCUACAUCGCAGCCGACCAGGCCGGAGUACGGACAAUGGGCCCUGUUUUCCGCCGCGUUGGAGGCUCCGACGAUCGAGAGAAGUCUAUCCGGGAGGCACGCUCUCUGAUGCAGGGUUACGCUCAGCGACUGAACCUCAGCGACAACACUGUCAACACCGCCGUCCAGGUCUUCAAACUCGCCUCUCAAGCCAAUUUUGUCCAAGGUCGCACACUUGUCAUGGUCGCUGCCGUCUGCCUUUACACUGCUUGCCGCACCGAACGCCCUUGCAAGAUCAUGCUCAUCGACCUUGCCGACCUCACGCAGAUCAACGUCUUCAAGCUUGGCCGAGCCUUCAAGGCUCUGAACAGAGUCGUAUACAUCUUUGGCAACGGGGAGGCCCCAGUGUUCCCCGAGGACAUCCUUUUCAGGCUCGCCUCCAAACUUGAGUUCAAGCACAUGACCAACAGGGUUGCCGAAGAUGCCGUCCGUCUCGUGCAGCGCAUGAAGCAGGACUGGAUCGUCAUGGGCCGUCGCCCAUCGGGUAUCUGCGGUGCUUGUUUACUCAUAGCCGCCAGAAUGCACAAUUUUCGACGCACGACGAGAGAGGUUGUCUACGUCGUCAAAGUCACCACCCAUACCAUCCAGGAGCGUCUUCAGGAGUUCAAUGUUACGGAGGCUAGCAAGAUGACCGUGGAGGACUUCUUGUCCCAGGAUUUCAGCUCCAAUUCACACGAUCCCCCGUCGUUUUACAAGGGUACAGAGGCCUGGCAGAAGCAGCAGGAGGAAUCGGGCAAGAAGCGGAAGCGCAAGAUCACAGACGACGGCGACAGCACCAGAACGACACCAGCACCUUCACUCCCGCCUCCUGACCUAUCAACGGCUCCUGCUGUCGAGUAUCGCCGAGACAAGGACGGCUUCAUCAUUCCCCCGCUUCCCUCCCAGAUCGCCCAAGAUGAGCCGGCUCUCCGAGACACGAAUAGCACUCAGCACCUCGAGGGGUUGGCGGAAGAGUUUGGCGACGCAGAAAAGCAGAGCCAAGAGUCGCCACAGAAGGAAGCCGGCGACAAAAACGGACGGGCUCCCAAGCCUUCGCUGCCCAUCGACAACGAGUGGGAGGAGGACGAGGCUCAGAUGGAAGAGCAGAUUUCAGAGAUCAUGAACGACCCCGAGACAUAUGAACACGCCAAGGCCUUCAGCAACGCCGAGCAGCGCGCUCGCAUUCACUCCAUCUGGGCACUCCAGCAACAACCAAACAAAGCCGUGUCGAUGGCCCCAGAGGUUGGCGAGGACGAAUUUGCCGACGACCCCGAGGUGUUGAACUGCAUGUUGACUCCGGACGAGAUCAAGAUCAAGGAGUUGUUGUGGGUUAAUGAGAACAAGGACUGGUUGCGCCAGUCACAAGAGCGGCUCUUCAGAAAGAAGCUCGAAGAAAAGAAACCCAAGAAGGAUCGCAAACGGAAGAAGCGCCCGCGCAUUGGCGAGGGCCAGACGACACCAGCUAGCACGCCCGGUGAGGCGGCCGUCAAUGUCAUGAAGGAGCGAGGCUUCUCGAAGCGCAUUAACUAUGAUGCCAUCCGGCAAAUGUUCGACGUGCAAGACAAGGGGGAUCCGGGAUCCCGGCCGGAGAGUGAAGCCGCUAGCCGCCCGACCAGCAAGGCCCCGAGCGUAAUCGACGAGACCAUCCAUGAGGAGGAAGAGAUUGAGCCCCUUGAGGGUGAAGAGUACGAGCACCAGGAUGACGAGUUUGGGGGUGGAGACGACUACGACGACAUGGGCGAUGAGUCCCACAUGUACGAUGAGGACGAUCAGGGGAUGGGAGAAGACGAUGAUGAUGACGACGAUUUUGGAUUAAACGAUGAUGAUGAGUGAGCACAGUCCGUCGUGAAUCGUCUAGUCUUCUGCCGUCUCAGCGAAUAUCUGAGAGGGGCGGCGUAAUUGUAUUUAGAUACCCAAGAGCCCUAAACAUGUCGGGGUUUCGGUUGGCUGCACGCCAGCACGAUUGCGUUGUGACAUCGAUAGAGCAUCUUUAAACCAGCCAAGUAACCUGUUUCCC